AUGCUCAGCAUUAUAGCGUGUCUUGUGUGCGACCUCCCGGCGGCAAGAAAGGCCGCACAGCUGGCGGGUCCAACAAGUCACUUUUAUUGCACGGCCUGCCAUUGCUGGCACAGGUCGACUUGCGGUAGAACAGAUAUCCAGACUGAAGAUUGGGUUCUUAGGGACAAGAACGAAGUUUAUUGCUAUGCUGAGCUCUGGAAGAACACCGAAACUUCGGUUGAGCGCAACAAAUUGUUUUCAUUGCACAGUGUGCGAUGGUCAACACUCUGGAGGUUAUCGUACUGGGACCCCUCUCGUCAAAUUGUGGUCGACACUAUGCAUUGCCUCCUGGAGGGUCUCGCACAUGCUCAUUUCCAAGUUAUGUGGCGUAUUUCUGAUGUCAUCAAGACGACAGAUACGCCCUCUUUCUUGAGAUCAGUCCCCUAUAACUUUGGGGAAACAAAAGCUGGGACUGUGAAGGCCGACGAAUGGCGCACGUUAACGACUGUAUACUUACCCAUAGCGUUAAUCAGUUUAUGGGGCGAGGGAUCAGUACAUCGCAACACAGACAUCGCGGACAGCCGUCGUGCCACCCUUGAUCACACAAUGGCCCUCGUAUCUGCUAUUCAUAUCGCCUGUCUGCGCUCCAUGAUGACGGAUCGCGCAGACACAUACCAUACAUAUAUAGUCGAGUGGAUAAGGGAUUUGCAAGUAAUUCAUCCCCAUGCACACCAUCGAACCAAUGGUCAUAUGGUGUUGCACGUCUGGGACUACCUGCAACUCUUCGGACCCGUGCGGUCAUGGUGGUGCUUCCCAUAUGAGCGCCUCAUCGGGCAGCUACAGCGGUUGCCCAGCAAUCACAUUUUUGGUAAUAUUUGA